AUGAGGCUCGAGGUGGCUCAGUGGAUAAAGUGCGGAUUUACUAACCGGAAAGUCGGUGAUUCGAACACAGCUUCUGGAUCUCAACUGCUCCUGUUUAGGCUUGGGCAACAUGGCAGUAUAUCAGCCCUCGUGCUCUCUUCAGGUCGCAUGGCAGCCGGGUACUGGAAGGAUCACCCUUUCGGUGCCCAACUGCCAUGCCACCCGAGGGAAGCACAAGAGGCGGGAUACUGCCAGGUUGCCCAAGCAUAUACACGUGAAGUCGAAAUGCAGAGGUCGGGUUCGAACCACGGACCUUCUUGUCAGUUAACUCGCGCCCUAGCCACCGAGCCACCUCGCCUCUGCAUUUUUAUAGCCAACAUUUUUGUAACCUUUGCCAACUUGAAAGCAGGCCCGAUUGCAGAUGUAACCAGUGAGCGAUUGGAACAUGUGUCGACUUGUUCCAUAGAAAUGGUAGUGCAUUUGCAUUUCCCGCCAUACAUCGGUGCAUUGUGGUUAGGCCUAGCGCUUAAGACUGACAACUCCGUUCGUCUUCCAUCGGUUUUCCCUGUAACAUCUGCUAGUCGCUUAGUGUCGAUGUCUCCAGGCAUCUCGAAAUUAAUUUCCAAACCUCGACACCCAGUCUACCGGGCCGUUUUUAAUAUCCGCAAUCUGAAGCAAGCAUGA